AUGGACCACAGGAAUCAUUCCCCUGUGACAAAUUUCAUUUUUGAACCUUUAAUUGAAGUACCCAUUUUAAAUAUCUUCUUUUUCCUGCUAGUGCUCACCAUGUACCUUAUGACCAUGUUGGGAAACUUCUUCAUCAUAAUGGUCACUUUCACCAGUUCUGUUCUUCAGUCUCCCAUGUAUUUCUUCCUCCAGAAUUUAUCCUUCUUAGAAAUUGGUUAUACCUCAACCAUAAUUCCCAAAAUGUUGUCUAACUUGCUGUUGGAAGACAUGAGCAUUUCUUUCAUUGGCUGUGCCACACAGAUGUAUUUCUUUAGCUCCCUUGGAAUUGCAGAAUGUUGCUUGUUGACCGCCAUGUCAUAUGAUCGAUAUGUGGCAAUAUGCCAGCCUCUACACUACUCAGCCAUUAUGAAUAGGACAAGUUGUCUAAAGAUGUCCAUUUUUUGCUGGAUCAUUGGUGUGAUGGUAGUUUUGGUGCCUAUAGCUUUAAUAUUCACUCUACCCUUUUGUGGACCCAAUAAGAUAAAUCAUUUCUUCUGUGAUCUUCCCCCACUUCUGAGACUGGCUUGUACAGACACUUAUAAAAAUGAAAUAAUUAUUUUCACUAUCACAGUAGUUUUCAUAAUGCUUCCAUUUUUGCUUAUCCUGAUCUCCUACAUACACAUCUUCCACGCUAUCCUCAGAAUGUCCUCUACCACAAGCAGAAGCAAGGCAUUCUCCACUUGUUCCUCCCACAUCAUGGUGGUGACUCUCUUCUACGGAUCUGCAGUUCUAACAUAUUUAAGACCAAAGUCUAUUUCUUCAGUAAAAGCUGAUAAAGCACUCUCCAUUUUUUACACUGUUGUAUGUCCUAUGAUGAAUCCUUUAAUCUACAGUCUCCGGAACCAAGAAAUGAAGGAUUCCCUGAAGAAGCUGAUUGGCAUAAAAAUAUUAUUGUCUAGAAUGUAA